AUGCUACAGGGAAGAAAAAUUGGAAGCAAUAGUCGAAAGCGAGAAUCCAAGGCUCAGACAAGAUGUGGUUGUGAAACGAAUUGUCGAGUUCAUAUUGAAAUAACUAUUAGAAUAUGGUACAUUAACUAUUUGAAUGAUUGUCACAAUCAUACUUUGAUUCAUGAAAAAUAUUUGGGGAUGUUACUAGCUCACGAAAAGAUAACGGAUUAUGACAAAUUUCAGAUGGACAAUAUGAGAAAGAUUGGCAUUAGGACUAUACAAGUGUUUGGGUUGUUUUCUUAUCAAGCUGGUGGACAUGAUAAGGUUGGAUUCCGCCGACGUGACUUGUACAAUGAAGUCACUAAAGAUAAGAGAAGUGACUUGUCAGAUGCAGAAGUUGCACUUGAGUUUCUUGCAACCAUGUCUUGUAGUGAUGAAGUUUUUGAGACAUUGUAUUGA